UCAUGUCAAAUAAAACUGUUUAUCCUUGGUAAAAAUAUUCAGCAAAUCCCCUAAUUGUAAAGGAUGAUGUUGGGAAAGCAAAACCAAAUACUUAUCCUAUUCCUGAUUGUGCAUUUGGAACUAGAACUGUGCCUGGAAAAGAAGAAACAUUAGGAUAAGUCUUGUGUCAUAUGGAGCAUUUUGCUUCUAUGGAUAUAAGACCAGAAAAGGAUUUCAAAAAAACUAAUAUCAUGAGUAUUAAACGUAAUUUGUGUACAGCAAAAGAAUUCUAAGAAUUUAGACAGUCACAUGAUAUCAGAUAAAAGAUUGUUUAAGGUAAGCCAAAAAUCAUUGAAACUCCUAAAUAGUAAGUUUUCGGCAGGAAAAAUAGGUAUAAAAUAAAUUCUAAUAUUAAGAACUCCUUCUCCAAUAAAAAAUGUUUUAGCAUAUGAUUAUGGAACAGUAGCUGAGAAGAAAUAAGCAGAAGCAUAUACAAAUAGACCAUCCACAGCAAAGAGUAGAAUAUCAGUAGAAACUAAAUCAAGCAAAUUACUCAAGGAAACAAUAAAGAAGAAUCAUUUAAUAUAAUCUCAACCAGAAUAACUGAAAAAGUUAUCAUAAUUCACUAAUAUUUAAGCAAAAACUAAAACUAGAUAUUGA